AUGGCCUUCCUGAUUCACCUGCUGGUCUGCAUCUUUGGAACAGGCUCCUGGGUGGCCAUCAAUGGGCUCUGGGUAGAGCUGCCCCUGCUGGUGACUGAGCUGCCCGAAGGCUGGUACCUGCCCUCCUACCUCACGGUGGUCAUCCAGCUGGCCAACGUCGGCCCCUUCCUGGUCACCCUGCUGCAUCACUUCCGCCCCGGCUGCCUUCCGGAGGUGCCUGUCAUCUUCACGGUGCUGAGUGUGGGAACCGUAACCUGCACGCUCUUCGCCUUCCUCUGGAACACGACCUCCUGGGUGCUGGACAGCCAUCACAGUGUCGCCUUCCUGGUUCUCACCUUCUUCCUGGCCCUGGUGGACUGCACCUCCUCCGUCACCUUCCUGCCCUUCAUGAGCCAGCUGCCUGCCCGCUACCUCACCACCUUCUUCGUGGGUGAGGGGCUCAGCGGCCUCCUGCCUGCUCUGGUGGCUCUCGCUCAGGGCUCGGGCCUUACCACCUGCGUCAGCGUCACUGACACCACCCCAGGCCCCAUGAUCAACAGAACAUUCGGCAUCACGCAGGCAGUCAGCCGCACCCUGGCAUCUGACCUCGCGGGGACCGCAGCUCCCACCUCCCACCUGGAAAGCCGCUACCUGCCUGCCAACUUCUCACCCUUGGUCUUCUUUCUCCUGCUGUCCUUCAUGAUGGUCUGCUGCCUCGUCGCCUUCUUCCUCCUCCAGCGCCAGCCCAGGCGCUGGGAGACCUCCACCGAGGACCUCCUCAGCUCCCAGUUCAGCCUCCACUCCAUUCAGCCGCAGGACAAGCAGGAGCGGGGGCUUUCAGACCCAGUGGACAGCGGCAAGGACCAGGGGCCUCGGGAGAAGCCCACGGCCCCCCUCCACUUGGCUCACCUGGCCUUGAUCUACCUCCUGGUGGCCUUCGUGAAUGCACUCACCAAUGGAGUGCUGCCGUCGGUGCAGACCUACUCCUGUCUGUCCUACGGGCCCGUCCCUUACCACCUUUCUGCCACCUUCAGCUCCAUGGCCAACCCGCUCGCCUGCUUCAUAGCCAUGUUCUUGCCCACCAGGUCCCUGCCAUUGCUCGGAGUCCUCUCGGUGCUCGGGACUGCAUUCGGGGCCUACAACAUGGCCAUGGCUGUGAUGAGCCCCUGUCCCCUCCUGCAGGGACACUGGGGUGGCAAAGUCCUCAUUGUGGCCUCCUGGGUGUUGUUCACCGGCUGUCUGAGCUACGUCAAGGCCAUGUUGGGCAUGAUCCUGCGGGACCGAAGCCGCAGCGCCCUCCUGUGGUGUGGGGCGACCGUCCAGCUGGGCUCUCUGGUGGGAGCACUGCUCAUGUUCCCGCUGGUCAAUGUGUUGAAGCUCUUCUCCUCUGCUGACUUCUGCAGCCUGCAGUGUCCUGCCUAG